GUUAUUCUGUGUAGUCUGCUGAAACAUCAGUCUCUCCCAACCCAGCUGAGAGGAACACAGUCCUGCAGGCAUUCUUUUGGACACUAAAAGUGCAGCUCUCAUUCAAAUAUCUGGAUCCCGUGCAAGCAAAUUAAUGACUUGUCAGCCCUCAUGUUUUUGCGUCCCCCUUCAGGCAGAAGCAGCUGGAAUCUUGACAGUGCUGUUAUCCAUAAAAGCUCCAGCAGCAGCAGACAAUUGCACCAACCACUGACCUCCAGGCAGGAACUCAACAGACUCGACCAGCAGCACUCGCCUUCGGACCCUCUCUCUCUCACUCACUGCAGGAUGGCAGGUCCUCUCUUGGCAGGCAGGCAUGAGACUCUCCCCAGGCCGAUGCAGGUUGCCCAACAGAGGGUCAAUGAACGAGGCCAGUGGGAGAACAAAUUUGAGUUUAUUCUAACUGUGGCUGGCGCAAUUGUUGGACUUGGAAAUAUAUGGAGAUUUCCCUAUCUUUGUUACAAGAACGGUGGGGGUGUGUUCUUCAUCCCGUACAUCCUGUACCUGGUGACCUGUGGCAUCCCUCUGUUCAUCCUGGAGACGGCUCUGGGACAGUACACCAGCCAGGGGGGCAUCACCUGCUGGAGGAAAAUCUGCCCGCUGUUUGAGGGAAUGGGCUAUGCCGCCCAGGUGAUCACUAUAUAUGGAUGUAUGACCUACAUAGUGAUUCUGGUGUGGGCUUUCCUCUACCUGUUCUCAUCCUUCACUGCUGACCUGCCAUGGGCUAACUGCAACAAUGCUUGGAACACAGAUUUUUGUGUGACAUUUGGCACCAAGAAUGCCAGCACCAAUUGGACUGUUCCACUCUUGAAUGUGUCAUCUUCCGUUGUGGAGUUUUGGCACCGGCGAGUGCUGAGAAUGUCAGAUGGAAUUGAGUCAUUGGGAGGCAUUAGAUGGGAGCUGGCUCUGUGUCUUCUGCUGUCCUGGGCCAUCUGCUACUUCUGUAUCUGGAAAGGAGUUAGGUCUACAGGGAAGGCAGCCUACUUCACGGCCACCUUCCCCUAUGUAAUGCUAGCAGUGCUAUUUGUCCGAGGAGUGACCCUUCCAGGAGCUAAAGAUGGCAUAUUCUACUACUUGUAUCCCAAUGUUACACGCCUAGCUGAUCCACAGGUUUGGAUGGAUGCAGGAACCCAGAUAUUCUAUUCUUACACCAUAUGCCUGGGCUACCUGACCUCUCUUGGAAGCUACAACAAAUACAACAACAACUGCUACAAAGAUUCCUUCUACCUGUGCUUGUUGAACAGUGGGACCAGCUUUGUGUCUGGUUUCGCCAUUUUCUCCAUACUGGGUUAUAUGGCUAGAGAACAGGGUGUGGACAUCUCUGUGGUUGCUGAGUCUGGUCCUGGCCUGGUCUUCAUAGUGUACCCUCAGGCAGUGUCCAUGCUCCCCUACCCUCAGUUCUGGGCUGUCUGCUUCUUCACCAUGAUCAUCCUGUUGGGAGUAGAUAGCCAGUUUGUCGCCCUUGAGAGCCUUAUGACCUCGGUAACGGACUUCUAUCCCAACCUCAUCAGAAAGGGCUACCGGAGGGAGCUUCUGCUGCUGCUCAUCUGCUGCUGCUGCUACCUGGUUGGUCUCAUCAUGAUCACAGAGGGUGGCCUCUACAUCAUCCAGCUGUUUGAUCAUUAUGUGUGCAGUGGUGCCACUCUGCUGCUCCUCUCCAUAUGCCAGUCACUCAGUAUUGGAUGGAUAUAUGGUGCUGAACGCUUCUGUGACAACAUUGAGGAUAUGAUUGGCUACAGGCCCUCCUCCCUGCUGAAGUACUGUUGGCUCUACAUUACUCCAACUAUUGGCACCGUAACCUUUGUAUUCUCGCUGCUGAAGUACAGCCCUCUGAAGUUCAACAACACCUAUGUGUACCCGUGGUGGGCCUAUGGGCUAGGCUGGAUCCUGGCUAUGUCCUCCCUCUCUCUCAUCCCCAUCACCAUGGUCUACAAACUGUACCAGGCCAAAGGGACUUUCUGUCAGCGCCUCCAGACAGUCUGUCGGCCAGCAGAUGACCUUCCUAUGAUGAAGAAGGAGAUGGCUGGUCUCUAUGCUCUGGACCGUGUUACUGAAGAUGAGAAGACCUACAACAAUAAUCUAUAGACUGACUGUUCUGCUAUUACUUUUCGGGCCGGUUUCCCAGACCGAGAUUAAGCCUAGUCCUGGACCAAAUAUUAUUUACCAUGCUUUUUUAGUCCAGGUGUAGGCUUAAUCUGUGUCUGGGAAACCGUCCCUUUAUAUUCUAUUAUACUCUAUUUUUGUAACUUUUUUAGUAAGGGUUUUGGUUUUUGUGGGUUUAAUACAGUUCAAGCUGGUCAGAGUUGUGCUUGAGGUAUUGGUAUUGUGUUUGGAUUGCAGUAUAGUUCAUAUUUUUGUAUUUUGUAUUAACUGAACGUUUGUAGCAUAAUGUGUAAAAUCAUAGCAAAAUAUUUUUCUUAUAUGAUUCAAAUAAUUAGUUGUAGACCAUUCAUAAAUAAGAUAUACCUAGAACACCUAAACAUUUUUGACCAGUUUCCCAGACUAAGCCUCGUCCUAUGCUAAUAAGCACUUUCAAUGGCGAAUCUUCAUUGAGCAUGCUUUUUAGUCCAAAUCUAGGCUUAAUCUGUAUGUAUACACUCUGUACAUUACAAUAGGUAAUCAAUCCAAGACAUUGACGUUUACCUUUUUAUUUUACCAGGGAAAUGAACAUUACGCCCUGUACUUUAAUGACUUUAUUGUCCCCAUGGGGAAAUGAACAUUACACCCUGUACUUUAA